UUAAACAUAAGCAUGCCGACACGAAUUUGUCUCUUGGCACUAAUUGGUUUGCCUGCUAGUGGCAAAACGAUGUUCAGUAAAUGGCUUUUCGAAUUACCACAAACAGCUUUCAAUGUCAUACACAUUUGUUAUGAUGACCAUUUUCCACAGCCAACAAAUGAAACCUCAUCGGAGACCAAAUUUGAAUUUAAAAAAGAGCGUACCCAAAUUUUUUCAAUUAUAAGGGAACUUAUUGAUGCAUUAAAAAACACCAACAGAUUCCCAAACCAUCUUAACACAACAGUGAAAUCAUCUCUACAUGCUGACUGCUAUGACUUUUUGAUCAUUUGUGAUGACAAUAAUUACUAUCGUAGUAUGCGAUAUAAAUUGUAUCAGUUAUGCAAGCAAACAGAGUGUGCUUAUGCGCAAAUUUAUUUCGAAGGCCACUUGGAAAUGGCGUUGCAACGAAAUAGUGAACGCCCUGCUGUGGAGCGAGUGUCCCAAAAAACCAUUCAACAAAUGGCAAAGCGACUGGAGGCACCAGAUUCUGCAACGCAAAGGUGGGAAUCAAACACCGUUAUUUUGAAUGAAUACACGUACAAAGAUUGUAGCGCAAUGAAAAUUAAAAUUUUGGAAUUUCUUGGUAAAACGUUUAAAAAUACGCUACGCCCAUCUCCGGUACAAGAGAAAGCAAAAAAUGUGCAGUCACUCGUGCAUCAGCUUGAUCUGCUAUUGCGACGACGAGUUGCUGAAAUACUGCACACGGAGCAUGCUAAUACAUUAGAGAGACAAGAAAGGGCUAGGAAUUUAAAUACUAAACGCAAGGACAUUCUGCAAAACUUUAAAACAAUAGCCGAAGAGGGAAUGAGUGUCGAUGAGUUGAAUGAAUAUGCCAAUUUGCUUCAUUAAUAUGUAUAUGUAUAUUUAUUUACAUAUGUAAUUAUAAGAGACAUGUAGUUAUGUAAUAUCUUUACCCAAAUUAUAAACAUUAAUUGAUUUAACUGCGAAUACAAAACGCUCAAAACUUA